AUGGCAGAAGCCCAAGAGAAAUAUCAACACCAAUUCCAAUCCCAAUCACCUCCUUUCCCGACUCAGGAAUGGGUACAGUUCUUCCCAUCCCCAUCUCCCAAAUCUCCUGCUGGAACCGCAACCACAACAACAUCAUCAACAAAAAAAGACGAAAAAGUGAAGUACAUGAUUUCGACAGACCCGUCCCUUCUCUCCCUCUCCGCUCUGGACAGCGCCUUCACGCAAGAAUACAUGUACUGGGUCAAACCGCUCCCAGCACCCGUUUUGAAGGAUAUGAUAGACCGCUCGUUAUGCUUUGGGGUGUACAGAUGUAGUCACAGUAACAUCGCCAAUGAUAAUGGUAAUGUUGGUGUUGAGGUUGAUAUCGAUACCGAUGCCGAUCCCGCUACCGCUCGCAAUAUGGAUGCCACCACAAACCUCACCCAAAUCGGCUUCGCACGCUUAAUCACCGAUAACGUCACUUUCGCUUAUCUAACUGAUGUGUACAUCCUCCCUGAAUACCAGGGGACAGGCCUGGGCUCUUGGUUGUUGCAGUGUGUCAAUGCGUGGGUAGAUGGAAGGGGAGAGUAUUUUAGACGAUUCAUGAUGGUGACAGUCGGCGAAAGGGCGGAAGGCUACUACCAGCGCGUCAUGGGCGUGGAGACGCAGGGGAGAAAAGGAGAUGUUUUUAUUAUGGGGAAGAAGGGGAAGGGUGCCGUAGUUUAG